GAUUCCGAUUCUGAUUUCAGUUCUCGUUCAGCUUCGCCGACGGCACGACGUGUUCCAUAGAAAACUAAGAAAAUCACCUCAAAACAACUAGGGAAAUUGUCGUGUUGUUCUUCGGCGCGGGCCAGGCAUAGACGCAAAUUGGAAACUUUCAAACAUCCAACAAAAUUCUGUUAAAUUGUUUAAAUAAAACAACAAUUUCUUGUAUGGGAUCUUAAAAACCCCAAGAAAUUUUAAAACAAAAAAAAGAAAACCAAAAACACGACUUAAAAUAAAAUCGUAGAAAUAUAAUAAAAAACCGAUCCAUGAAUGUGUCUAGUGUAUUUGGGAUGUCAGGCAUUUGAUGGAUUUGUGUCACCAAUAAGCUGAAAAUUAAGCCCAUAAAUCAACAAUAACAACAACAAAAGCCAACUACAAAUCUAACCAUCAGCGGAUGCCGAGAGAUUCGACGCGGCGCCUCAAGGCCGGCUAACGCUUAACCCCCCCACAACACGCCCCAAAACGCCUCCACCUCAACCUAACCCAGACAGCUGUAACCAUGUGAAUGGCCAGAAUGCAAUUAAAACUACUAAACAACUACCAGCCAGACCAGAGCCCAGUCCACAACUAGAGAGCAGAGCGUGAGCAGCACCGCAGCACAGCAGCACAGCACAGCACAGCACCAACCAGCCAUAUCCAGACAGAGUGAGAGGGAGAGGAACAGGGAGCCACCGCAGAGAGACCCACCCAACACCCAACAACAUCCCAUCAUGGCUGGGCCGCAGAUACAGCACACCCAACGCCCCAACAGUGCCUACUACACAGGUCUGAAUGGCAGCGGGGGUGGUGGUGGUGGUGGUGGUGGAGCCAGUGCCUCGGGUAUGGCAAGCAGCGCCUCGCACACCGGACUGCACGCCCUGCGCCAGGUGACCAAUGAGACGGAGCUCAUCUAUCGGGGCAGUCACAGCAAUGGCACCGUCAACGAGCUGCCCUCAACAGCCGCUCAUCAUCAGCUGCUCGCGGGCCGCAUCACCCAGCAGCAGCAGCAGCAGCAGCAGCAGCAUCAUCAACAGCAGCAAGUCAGCAGCAUUGCCGGCACCGGAUCGAGUGCCACGGAUGCCCUUAUUGGCACCAUUGCCACAAGUGCCGGUGGAGCAACAGGUGGCGGUGGAGUUGGAGGUGGCAGCAGCAGCAGCACAGCGAUGACAGCUCUGGGUCACCUGAAGAAGUCCAGCACACAGCGCAGCAUCGAGAUAAUUGUGGAUGCCACCCAGUGUGGCAAGGAGGUGGGCACAACAGCGACACCGCUGGAUCCUGACGAUGUGGAGCAGGGUGGCGGUGGCCAGGAUUCGUCCUCGUCAAUGCGCAAAUCGUCGCGACACCGCCAUCGGCCGCUCCAUCGACGCCUGAUCAGCUAUCUGCGCAACCUCUUCCAAGGCAGCACCACGCAAACUGAUUCGGAGUUGGAGGAAUUCGAGACGCCAGCACGCUACAGACCGGACUCGCUGAGCGCAUUGAGUCGGGCGACCCGCUUCACGGAGGACGAGAUCAAACGAAUUUAUCGCGGCUUUAAGGCUGAGUGCCCCACGGGCGUCGUCAAGGAGGACACCUUCAAAGUGAUCUACUCGCAGUUUUUUCCACAGGGAGCCAACCCAACCCUAUACGCACACUAUGUAUUUAAUACACUGGAUCAAGAUCGCAGCGGUAUCGUCAGCUUUGAGGACUUUGUUCAAGGACUUUCGAUACUGUCGCGCGGCUCGGUGGAGGAGAAACUACGCUGGACCUUCUCGCUGUACGACAUCAAUGGUGAUGGCUUCAUUACGAGGGAGGAAAUGACUGACAUUGUGACUGCCAUAUACGAGCUGAUGGGCCGCCUGCCCGACGAGUGUCCCGAGGAGGAGAAGAUCAAGGGCAAGGUGGAGCAAAUCUUUCAGAAAAUGGAUAUCAAUCGCGAUGGUGUUGUGACGCUUGAGGAGUUCCUGGAGGCCUGUCGCAACGAUGAUGCCAUUUCCAGAUCCAUGUCCUACACGGUGCGAAGGCCGCGACGCAGUCGCAGCCAGCAGCAGCAGCAGCGACAGGAGCCAGAGAAACGUAAGUCAAACCACAAGACGAAGAACAAGCAACAGCAAAAACAACAACAUAGCACUAGACACCAAGCGGCAGUCAUAGGCUGCCACAUCAUUGACAUGGACGGUGGCAGUAGCAGCAGCACCACAACCACAACAACAUCAGCCACAGCAACGGCCAGCACGAUGAACUGCAACAUGCACCACCAGCAACAACAUCACCACCACCACCAACACCACCAGCACCACCACCACCACGAAGAGGAAGAUGAAUACGAUGAUGAGGAGUAUGACAAGAGCGACGACGAUGAUGUUGAUGAUGAUGAUGAUGAUGAUGAUGAUGAUGAUGAAGAUGAAGACGGCAUAAGUCGCACGGCCAUUUGCCGGCACUGCCAACGUCCACAAUGGGAAGUCCUGCAGCGUCCAAUGCGCCAAUGCCGAUCGCAUUCCAAGUCCACGUCCAAGUCGCGCAAGCGCAGCAAGAGCAGGAAGCGCCAGCCAAAUCACCAAAAAACGAGGCAACACCAGCAUCAGCGCCAACAGCAUCAACAGGCACGAUGGCCGGAGCUGAACGUGGCUAACGAGCAGGCCAUUCGGUUCCGCUGCCCGCAGGUGGGGCCGCAGGUGGGUCGCGACCUGCACACACCGCAGCCCAUGCACUUCCACCAUCCGCAGUCGCAGUCGCAGUCGCAGUUACAACCGCAGCCACAAUCGCAGUUGCAGCUGCAGGUGCCGCAGCAGUUUGUGUCAAAAAAGAGCAAAAGAAAAUCCCGACAACGUCAGCAGCAGCAAAAGGAAGGCACAGAGUACACUCGAAGUCCAGCCCGUGUCCAGCCAAGAGCGGCAGGAGUGGCAGCCGGAGGAGGGGCAGAGGUAGCUCAGCUGCCUUUGCCCCCAUUGAACGUGAUUGUGGGUGGGCCGGAAGAGGGAGAGGCUGAGGGAGAGGAGCAGCAGCUGCCGCACACACCGGACUCCCCAUCGCUGGUGACGGUCAGCACUUGGUACACGGUGGCCAAACAGGGUGUCUCCUGCUAAUCUGUGUGCAAAAUUUGCAUAAAAACAAAAUGAAACGCGCAACGAGAAAAUGCAACGCGAUUCUGACAAAUAUAAAGACAGAAAACUACACAAAAAAAAUACAGAAAAAAAAUAAAUAUACAUAGCUACUACCCAAUGUCCAUAAAUAUGCAAUUAUGGUCUAGAGUGUGGAUGUAUUUAUGCAGCAGCAACCAUAACUGCAACUGCAACAUCGCCGGUCCAGUCAGAACAACAACAACAACAACAAUAACAACAACAACAGCUAUGAGCAAACUCAAUUGGCUGCAUAAUUAGCACGGUGGCAUUUAAUGGGUUAGCCGCCCCUCCCCCAAACCCAUAACCGUCAUGCAAGCAGUUGGUGCUGCUGCGCUGCUUGACCAUCUGAUGGCCCCAGGCACAAGCAGUUUCGUUCAACUUUUGAAGAAAAGGCAAGGCAAAUGUUUUAACCCAUGUUCAGCAUGUAAGUACUCCCCUACCCCAACCCUUUCCCAAGAAUUUACCCAUUGAAAAUUGAUCGAUGUACAUGUCUAUGGCAUACCAAACGAAAGCUUUAUACAAUGAAAACUAAAACUAAAACUAAAAUCUUAAUCUUAAUGAUUAAAAGACGAAGAAAGUAUAUUGAGAAAAUUGAAUGACAGAUAAACUAUAUUUAUACGAAGGAGAAAACAAAAGAAAAACACAGGAACUAGCAAAGAGAAAAUAUAUAUAUAAAUGAAUUUCGACAUAAUUGAAACUUAAUUGAAACCAUUUUGACUUUCUACUUAAAAUACAAUACAAAAAAGAAAAUGUAAAUGUGAACUUUGUGCUGUCUAAAUCAAAAUAACGAUAACAAAAACAAAAAACCCCCUAGAGGAGGAGGACACAGUGUUCCCUCGAGCAUAUUGUUGAAUUUAUUCCAUUUGGUUGUUGUCUUUGCAUAGUGGGUAUGUACGUAUUUCCAUUACCAAAUUAGAGGGAUCAGAUUAGGGGAUGGAUGGCGAUGAUGAAUGAAUGAAUAAUGUCUUCUAGCUUGUCAGUAUACAUAUACUAAAAGAAAUACAUAUGUACAUGCAUUUGUCUGCAUAAAUCUUUGUGUAUAGGUUCCAGUCUGUAUAGCCAUGCGUGAGUCGAUGUGUGUGUGUGUGUGUGUGAGAGAGAGUAUUCGAAGCUGAAAGCAAAUCAAAUAAAAACAAAUCUUUGAAUCAGAAAUUGGACCACAACAGCGAUGUAAAGUAACAAUGCAGCAGUGCAUAAGGCAAACAGCAACUAAAACUACAACCAAAAAGGAGUAGCAUUAGCCGAUAUCCAUAUAUCCAUGUAGACGUGUAUGCAUACAUACAAUACGAACGAGUAUUUAUCAAGUGAAUUGGUGUGUAAGUGUAAUUUUUUGUAGCUAGAUUUAAGUAACACAAACACACACAAGAGCAACAACAAACAAACGAAAAAGAAGGAAACUAUUAGAAAUAGAAGAGGAAAAGUAUUUGAAAUUAAGUCUCAAUGUACGUACGAGCAUAUAGUACGAGUAUAUGUACAAUAUAGUGUGGAAAUGGAAAGGGUUUUUCAUUUGCUUGCAGUUCGCAGUUAAACCUACUAAGGGAUCCUUCUCUAUAUUAAAUCUAAACUCAAAGUAAUUGUUGCAUUUUAAAACCCCCUAUAUUUACAAUACAUAUAGCUGUGUACUUAGCUGUAGUCUUCCAGGAGUAAACUAAACAGCAACUUAAACUGAAACUGAUCCAGACACAGACACAGAACCGGAACAGACACCGAUGAACUCUAUUCCACGUAGAUAAAAAACCUGUAGCAAAAUUGUACCUUAGCUGAAACACCUCGAAAGCUUUCCAAACUAAAACUAAAACUAAAUUGAACAAAGACCUUAAGAAAUGAAAAACCAACCGGAAUACAAAUUGUAAAACAAUAAACAAUGUCCAAAAUACAACAACAACAAAAACAACAAAAAAGCGAAAAGCUCUUUAACAAUAAAUGUUGCUGUCGAAAUCAAAGCGUUCAAUAUCAUAAUGGGAUAUGUGUACUGUACACAUGUAUGUACGAAAAAUGAUAUUAUUUUUAGAUAAAUGUUAUCAAUGGAGUCUUAAGCAAACCUUUAGCAACCUGUAAUAGCAAACUCAACCCAAACCCAAAUUGGAAUCCUGGUCUCUCACUGAAAAAAACACUCCCAUGGUUAUUCAAAUAAUGUCCUUCAACCAUUGGUUUCCUACUACAUAUGUACAUACAUAUAUGUAAGCUAAUAGCGGGAUCCGAUCUGAUCUGAUCCCCGCCAUCCACGACAAUAUAGAACCCGACAAAAUGAAACCUAUACGCAAUACGAUACUCACCCACGUACCCAGUACCCAGUAACCACGUUCAAAAUCCGUACCCACCCCAGAACGAAGCCCCGUCUAAGCCCAGCCCAAUUUCGAUUUCAAGCUCAAGGCCACCAAUCUUGAGAUCUUGUGUUCCUGAGACACAUGCCCACAAUUCUCAGUUGAUGGCAAAAUCAGUCUCUCUCAACACAGUUCUCUCUCUUUUUCACUCUCUCUCGAUAUCUCUCUAUCUACCUAGCUCUCAAUCUUUUUCUGCGUUAGUCUAUGUGUGAAUUAGCAAUAAAAUCUUAAAUUCAAAAUCUACUUCAAAACAAAAAAUAAUGUGUCAAAUUUUCAACAACCACAAAAAAAAAUUGAAAAGAAAAAUGGCAAACAAAAGAAGAAAUAAAUAAAAAAUAAUGAGAGAAACAAUUGGAGGAUUGCCAACCAAGUUGCAAGUAUUUUCCAGGCCUAAGCCUUAAAAGUGUAAACCAAGAAACUUGAAUUAGAUGAAUUGUAAAAGAGAUAGAAAGAAAUAUGUAAACGUUAUUGUAUAGAGAAAAGCUCCUCGGAGGGCGCGUGUGUCUUUUUUUCCUAAUUUAUAAGCUGUUAAAAUCAAAUUUUACUAAACCAAAUUAAGUAUUGAACAAAGCCAAGAAAGUCAUUGAAAUGGGAAAUAAACGAAAACGUAGAGGAAUAACAUGUAUGUGUGUACCAAAUACAAAAAAUACAAAACCAAACAAAAACCAACAAAUCUCGUUUUAGAGAAAAUACUUGAAUUUUCAGUUGUUGCUGUAAAAACUGUGUUUGUACAUUUACAUCUAUAUCUAUAUCUACAUCUACAUCUACAUAUAUGUAUGUGUAUGUAUGUAUGUAUAUUGUAUUAAAAAAACAAAAACAGAGAAAGUACAUGUCAUACAAUAGCAUAGGCCUAAGAAAAAAUUUAAAAUUAGCGAUAAACGAACAUUUCAACCCCACAGCUCUGCCUUGUCCAAGAGUGGGGCCAGAGUGCUGCUCAGCUCCAGAAACUAUGGACAGACACCGAGACCGACGCCGAGCCCAGUGCGAGGAGAGAAGUAUAUCAAAAUCCGAAUUGUUAUCAAACGAGCAAAAGCAAGAGCAAAACGUUUUUAGCAAACGAGAGUCAAACCAAAAUGAGAAUUUAAUAUUUAUGAAUUGAUCGGUGCAAGAGUCUUCGUUCGCUGCCCAAGGUAAUCUUCAAAGAACCUAACCAGUGGAAGCCGAUGCUAGAGUCAGGCCAGAGAGACUUUCACUGAGUUUGACCAGGAGCGAAGCGAAACAAUUGCGUUAAAAAUAAACACGUUAUAAACACAAUUACAAAUUGAAAAUUGAAAAUUGAUAAUUACGAGUAUAUGCACAUACAUAUAUACCCAACAUAUGUAUGUACUAGUUGUAAACAUAGCUGAUCUUUUUGGUGUAAAUUUUAAAUGAGAAAACCAAACAAAACGAACAAACAAAAAACUUUCCAUGCAAUAAAAAACAAACAAACUAAAUGUUUCAAAACUAAAAAAAAGAAAAACGAAAACCAAAAAAAAAUUGUUUAAAUGCAAACUGCAUGAACCAAAAAAUACUACGGACAAAACUUAAUUAAAUGAAAACAAAUAUUUUUUUUGUGAAGUUAAAAUAUGUAUAAAGAAAAUAAAAACCAAAAGAAUUAUACAAAAAAC